AAGACUAAGCCAGUUUAGUCUUUCUAUGUUCUUCUGCCUGCUUUUAUUCUGGCAGUGCUGGCAGCUGAUUAGAUGGUGCCUACCCAGAUUGAGGAUGGUCUGCCUUUCCCAGUCCACUGACUCAAACGUUAAUCUUCUUUGCCAACAUCCUCACAGACGCACCCAGGAACAGUACUUUGCAUCCUUCUAUCCAAUCAUGUUGAUACUCAGUAUUAACCAUCACAGUCCAUCUGGGCAAUUAUACCAAAUUACCUUAGACCAGGUGACUUAAACAGCAGUUAUUUCUCACAGUCGUGGAGGCGGGGAUAUACAACAUCUAGGUGGUAGCAGAUGUGGUAUCUGGUAAGGCAUGCUUCCAGGUCUUAUCAGAUGUUGGUCUUUUCAUGUCCUCACAUGGCAGAAAAAGACAGAGAAGCAGGCUCUCAUGUGUAUCUUCCUUUUUUUUUUGAGACAGAGUUUUGCUCUUGUUGCCCGGGCUGGAGUGCAAUGGUAGAUUUUGGCUCACUGCAACCUCCGCCUCCCUGGUUGAAGCGAUUCUCCUGCCUCAGCCUCCCAGUGUGUAUCUUCUUUAAGGGAACGAAUCUCAUUCAUGAGGGCUCUACCCACACGACCUAAUUACCUCCCAAAGGCCCCACCUUCUGAUACUGUCACAUUGGGGAAAAUGUCUCCCUUUUGAAUUUUGGGGGGACACAAACAUUCAGUCUGUAAUCAUUUAAUGGUCUUAUGAUUUAGAGGUUACUUGUUCUUUCACCUAGACCUCAAGUCGCAUUUAACAGCUAAUCGAGUAUAUCUUUCUCUGAUUUGAUAGUGUGACCUAAAAGGGGACCGUUGUUUAAAAUAUCAUUAGAGUUGGCCUGUGCCACUGCCUGCCGCGCGCAGAGCCAGAGCCCGAGCCUGAGCCGCGCCAGGCCCCAAGUGGGGCUCCUGGGCCUCGGCGGCAGGCAGGCGAUGCUCCAGCGGCCUGACCAGCCAUGGAUGCCGAGGCAGGCGGCCUGGAGGAGCUGACCGACGAGAAGAUGGCAACGCUGGGCAAGGAAGAGCGGCGGGAGGAGGCGACGCGCCUGGCGGCACUGGUGCAGCGCGACCUCCUCGUGGAGGAGGUGAAUCGGCAGCUGCAGGGCCACCUGGACGAGAUCUGUCAGCUCAGGCAGCUCAGUCGGCGCCUGCUGGAGAGAAUCGUGAGCUGCACGACCUCUGCUGCUUUGUGGACUGAAGCGCCAGCGCGGGCGGCGGGCGGCGCGCGGCUCACCAGUGGAAGCUCUUUGGGACCCAAGCAUCCCAGACCGUGUGGGAGGACCUGGGAAGUGUGGCAGAAUACCGCUGUUUAAAUGAUUUUUUUUUUUUUAAGUGGCAGGAACGGCCUUUAUUGGCUGCAGCGUUGCUCACGAUCCAAAAGCUUAAAUGAUCUUAAAAAAUUAUUUAUUGGCCGGGCGCGGUGGCUCAAGCCUGUAAUCCCAGCACUGUGGGAG